UGACCACAUUUGCAUAUAUCUUGUCUUUUUGUCUAUGAACUUUAAGUGAGCUAAUCUUUUUUUUAAUUGUGGUAAAAUAUACAUAAUAUAAACGGUACCAUUUAAACCAUUUUUAAACAUUUAAUUUGGUGGCAUUAAGUACAUCUACACUGCUGUGCAACCAUAACCACUGUCCACUCCAGAACUCUUUUCAUCUGCUAAAACUGAAACUCUAUCCUUUGAGCAAUAAUUCCCCAUCCUCCUCCUCCAGCCCUGGCAGCAGCAACCUAAUCUUUUUAACUUUGUAUUAAAAUAGAAUAUACAGAAAAGUUCACAUAUCAGAAGUGCACUGACAAACCACUGACAAACCACGAGGAAGGGAAUGUUUUUAAGUGUUAGUGUAGAGGUUCCUCUUUUCUUUCCAGAGCCAGUUGCCAGUUCUAAUAGUACAGAUUUACCUUCUCUUUAAUCAUCACAUAACUUCAAUUGAUAAUGUUAUGUAGCUUGACUGAUGACUAGCUCAGAGCUAGCGAGGCUGUGACCAAGAGCAUAUAUAAAGUACUGUGCAGCAGUGCGUCACAAGGUUUUUGCAUAGGGCUUAGUCAAGGCUUUUGGAACCGCCCUCAUUUGCACCUUGUGCUAUAUUAGUACUUCUCAGACAGGAAGAAUUUUCUUUUGCUGGUGUGCCUUGUCCGGUUACCUUCAGGAAGAUUGGAUAACCAAGAAAUGACUAAUCAAGAGUCUGCUGUACAUGUGAAAAUGUGUAGCAGAAACCAGCCUUCUUCAAAGUGGUCUUGGUGUGAUUCUCUCCUAUCCAUUAUCAAAAACUUGAAGCUGUCAUUUGUCUGAGAUGCCAGAAUUCCAGAAAAGUUCAGUUCGAAUCAAGAACCCUACAAGAGUAGAAGAAAUUAUCUGUGGUCUUAUCAAAGGAGGAGCUGCCAAACUUCAGAUAAUAACAGACUUUGAUAUGACACUCAGUAGAUUUUCAUACAAAGGGAAAAGAUGCCCAACAUGUCAUAAUAUCAUUGACAACUGUAAGCUGGUUACAGAUGAAUGUAGAAAAAAGUUAUUGCAACUAAAGGAAAAAUAUUACGCUAUUGAAGUUGAUCCUGUUCUUACUGUAGAAGAGAAGUACCCUUAUAUGGUGGAAUGGUAUACUAAAUCACAUGGUUUGCUUGUUGAACAAGCUUUACCAAAAGCUAAACUUAAAGAAAUUGUGGCAGAAUCUGACGUUAUGCUCAAGGAAGGAUAUGAGAAUUUCUUUGAUAAGCUCCAACAACAUAGUAUACCCGUGUUCAUAUUUUCGGCUGGAAUCGGCGAUGUAUUAGAGGAGGUUAUUCGUCAAGCUGGUGUUUAUCAUCCAAAUGUCAAAGUUGUGUCCAAUUUUAUGGAUUUCGAUGAAACUGGGGUGCUUAAAGGAUUUAAAGGAGAACUAAUUCAUGUAUUUAACAAACAUGAUGGUGCCUUGAGGAAUACAGAAUAUUUCAAUCAACUCAAAGACAAUAGUAACAUAAUUCUUCUGGGAGAUUCCCAAGGAGACUUAAGAAUGGCAGAUGGAGUAGCCAAUGUUGAGCACAUUCUGAAAAUUGGAUAUCUAAAUGAUAGAGUGGAUGAGCUUUUAGAAAAGUACAUGAACUCUUAUGAUAUUGUUUUAGUACAAGAUGAAUCAUUAGAAGUAGCCAACUCUAUUUUACAGAAGAUUCUAUAAACAAGCAUUCUCCAAGAAGACCUCUCUCCUGUGGGUGCAAUUGAACUGUUCAUCUGUUCAUCUUGCUGAGAGACUUAUUUAUAAUAUAUCCUUACUCUUGAAGUGUUCCCUUUGUAUAACUGAAAUAUUUUCAGACAUGGUGAAUGCAUCAACUGGAAGCUCCUUUUUCUCCACCUCUCUCAACACACUCCUCACCUUAUCUUUUAACACAUUUAAAAAAAAAAAUCUUAAAGCCAAAAUUAGAAAAGUAACUCCCUACUUUUCCAAAGUGAAUUUUGUAGUUUAAUGUUAUCAUGCAGUUUUUGAGGAGUCUUUUACACUGGGAAAGUUUGUAGAACUUUUAAAAUAAGUUUUAUGAAAUGGUGAAAUAAUAUGCAUGAUUUUAAGUAUUGCCAUUUUUGUAAUUUGGGUUAUUAUGCUGAUGGUAUCACCAUCUCUUGAAAUUGUGUUAGGUUUGGUUAUUUUGGGGAAAACAUAUUUACCGGAAAAGAGUAGCACUUACUGUUGGAAAAAACUGGUGGUGUUUACCACGUCGCUAAUCAUUACAAAACAUUCUGUAUUGAAGCACUGAUAAUAAAUAUGAAAUGAAAGGCCUUUUUAA